AUGAUGUCCUCACAUAAUACGGUAGCUGCCGAAAGUCCGAUCUUCUCAGAUACUACUAAAUAUUCCUCAGACGUUGAGCAUGGUAAUCAGAUAUCAACAAAGUCACAGAGUGAAGGUUUCGGCAAACGGCGAUCAGUUGCCUGUAAAGCGUGCCAUGCUCUAAAAGUGAAAUGUGUUCCUGGUGAUCCGAAGAAUCAACUGGGUACUUGUGUUCGGUGUCGCAAGGCAAAUAGAAUCUGCGAAUUUGAUCUGACACAGUCCAGGAAAAAGAGGAAGCCUUCGGGACCAGGUGGCUCCAUUUCCAAAGUUCGGCUUUUAGAAUCCAAAUUGACGGAACUGCAGGACCUCUUAGAAUCAAAAAACAAAACUAUUGAUCAACAAGCCAAAACUAUUGCCGAACAACAACAUAUGAUGAUGAGUCCAGCUGUUUUGAACGAUGAUUCUCAGCAUCAGGUUUUGCACUCUCCACAGUCAUCGGUCAACCCCAAUUCACAAUCAUACAGAACAACUGACAAGUUUGAAACAUUGUCUCCUGCUCAGCGAUUUGAAAAGGAGAUCAAGUUUCUUGAGAGUGUUUCAAAAGAGCAAUCCUUGUGUUCUACUUCUGCCAUAGUCGAUAUUUCUGAGCAAAGAAUUCGAAUGUGUAAGGAAAAGUUGAACUAUCGUGAAAACGACAUCAUUACUAGAGGCUUGUUAACAGAAGAACAGUGUGCUAGGCUGUUUCAGAUGUUCUUGGACAAAAUACUUCCGAAAAGUCCCAUUUUGCAAAUGCCUAGAGAUACCACUCUUGCAUCAAUGCGACAGAAGAAACCGCUUCUGCUUUUAUCUUGUGUUUAUGUUGCCACAAUAUUGGAUGAAGAGCCAUGUUACCUACCAUUUGAGCUACAGUUGCGUAUCGAAACGCUGGUGUUUGAAACUCUAAUUGGUGAAAUCCUUUUGAUAGGAGAAAAAAGUCUCGAGCUACUAAAGUCUUUAUUACUCUUGUGCAUAUGGUAUAUUCCCCCGGAACUAUUUCAACAUAGAAGAUAUCACAUGAUAAAUUGUCUUUGCGUCUCGAUGUUACACGAUUUGGGUAUGACUGGGAGGCCUUAUUUCUUUUAUAGUAAAGAAGAAGGAGCUGUGAAGAAAAAAGCCGCUUGUGCUUUCGAAGAUCCUGAAGAUCUAGAGAGCAAGAGUUUGUUGUUAUUGACAUAUUUCAAUUCCGUGUCAAUCUCAUUAUUUCUUAGAAAAAGGUUGCCAGUGCAAUGGACUGAAUAUUGUGAUCAAUAUUGUAUUGAUUUGGAGGCAACAAAGGAGCCGCGCUACAUCAUGGUUUCUAUUUAUUCUAGACUCAACUGCAUUCUCGAGAAAAUACACUACGGGGUCCAUUCGAGUGUCGAACAACCAACGGGUAUAGAAUUAGCUUACGGAAUGAACAAGUACAUUACAGAAGAGAUCCGGAAAAAACUUAAUACACUCAAGGGAAAGAUCAUUGAUUUCACGAAAGAUGAUGAACAAUCUUUUCAUUCAAUGAUGUCAUACUUUUUUUCUGUCCAGGCGUACCUUUAUGAGCCAGCAUUGCAGGCUAUGUUCAGCUCAAAUAUGGCAGAAUUAGGAUCUGUGAAAUUACCAGAUUAUUUGGCAGAAGCGAUUGAGUGCUCUACGGAAUCGUGUGUUUUAGCACUCAAACACUUUUUGCACCUGAAGGAAGAAUCUAUCACAGUGGAACCAUUCUUUCACUCAUCACGUAUAAUCUUUACCGCAGGUAUGUUGUUGAGAAUUCGCUAUCUGAGCAUCAGUAUUCCAGUUUUGAGUCAGUAUGGUUGCAUGACAGAGGACACGAUGAAUGUCGUCAAAAGUUUAGCCUCGUUAGUUUAUCGGACGUCUUUGAAAUACCCUAGGAAUCAUUAUCUGAAUAAAAUGCGAUUGGUUUUAUCUUUGUUCACACAGACAUUUCUAUCGCAAUGCCAAUCUGCGUACAAAACAUUGCUGCACAAUAGGCUACCGUCAGAACUGGGUCAAAAAUCUGGUGUCAAAUCCACACAGCAUGCAUUCGUAAGUCCCUUCACCAAUUCUCAUUACCCUCCUGAUAAUUCUCCCAACGUCCCACACGAAAUGAGCUACAUUUCCACCGCUACUCUCCCCAAAGAGAAAGUCAACACAUACAACCAAAAUGGAAAUUCUGGCGCAUCGUUGGAAUACGCCCCUGAUGGCACAGCCGCAUCUUUAGCAGGAACAACUACGCAAUUAACCAACCCCCAGUUCCGACAAAAUCUUCCGUCUCCAGUGAUAGGAUCGCAGGAAGUACUGUCCCCACACAUACAACCGGCGCUAAAUUACUCUACUAGUGAAGAUAGCAUGGCAGAGAAUCUGGAGUAUCAAUAUUGGGCUCUGAACGACGAGUUCUGGAGUACACUAUUUGUCAAUAUUGAUGGAAGAAGUAACGAGCAAGAUUUAAACAAUUUUUACAUGAAUGAAUCCCUGAACAAACUCUAA